AUGUUUUUGUUAAAUAGUGAAAACGAAGAAUCUCCCAAAGAUAUCUUACUAAAUGAACUAAAGUAUAAAAUAAGAAUCUUGGCUGGUAUUAUUUUUGUAAUAAGAACUGUUCCAAUGGUAAUUGAUGUAUUCAAUAAAAAAAAUGAAUGA